CUCAUGAUGAAGUAUCACUUGAGGAUUCAAUAAUUCAAAACUAUAUCUCAUCGCUGGGGAUCAAUAUUUCUACAACAACUCAUGAUAAAGUAGUUAACCCAAAACCCAAUAUAUCCCCAGAUGAUAUACAUAUGUGUCAAGACACUAGCUCUGCUAUAAGCUCUGAUGUACCAUCAAAUUGCAUUGUUACAAACUCCUUUAUGGUAGUAGGGAUGAGAUUUUGUGGUGAUCAUAAAUUUAAGAAAUCAGAUACCAUCACUCUCGAACCAGAGCCUUCCAAUACGUAUGAUAAGAAUACGAUAAAAGUUAUGAUAGAUGGCAUUCAUAAAGCAUACGUGGCAAAGAAUGAGAAUAUGAGUAUAGGAGAUUUGAUGAAAAAAUACCCAAAUUAUCAGAUCACUGCUCAUGGGAAAAAGAACUAUAAUCAAUCAGCAUCUUUAAACCUCGAAUAUCCUUGGAUGGUCUGUGGGAGAUGUUGUGAUACACUGCAAGCAUCGAGGGACUAUGACUAUAGUUAUUGGUGA